AUUUGAACCCAUCGUUAGCCCUACCACCGUGCCCGCCCGCUAUAAUGCUAUUACUUUGAAAGGGCUCGACGGGAACCACAUCCCUACAUUUCGGUGCCUUGACGCAAGUCUCAGUUUAGGUCACGCUGCCAUCUCGCCGGAUGUUUUCGCGUCGACGGUGUGUCACGGAGCCUUUCCGCCGAGACACUUUGUUCUAAACCUCCACGGAUGGCCCCGACACCGGCCCGAUGAGUCGAGCCCUGUGACUGGCCCGCAGUCUGGGGGGGGGGCCCCGAGCGCUUGAUGUGUGCGACGGACCCAUGGGCCUGAAGGACCAUGCUGCAGGCAACCAAGCAGGCCUCAUCCACGACCUGGGGCUGGAGUUGGAGUACCUCCACAUAGAAGGGGUCGACCGCCAGACUGGCUGCGCCGAUACGGGACUCCCCGCCAUGGAGGAGCCGGGGCAGAGCCGGGCCGCCCCCCCCGGACCCCCCUCGGGGCCCCCCACCGGGGAGCCGGAAGGCUCGGACACGGAGCUGGGCGUCGCCGGUAUCGCCGCGGAAACGGCCGACCCCGAGGCCGCCGUCGCCGCCGGCGCGGAGAAACCCAACGAGGGCGGGGAGGGGGCGUCGCCCCACGCCAAGGCCGCCCACCAGCCCCUCUGUCGGGCGCAGUGCGUGGACCUGGGGACCGAGGGGCCCCCAGAACCGCCUCCAGGACCUUCUGAACACGACGCCCCUGAUCCCCCCGUCGCCCCUGACCCCCCUGUCGCUCCGCCCUGCAUCGAGCCCCCCCGGGCGGAGACGGAGCCGGACGAGCCCCCCGCCGGUGGGACGGGGGCGAAGGAGUACCAGGCCAAGCUGGACUUCUCCCUGAAGCUGGGCUACCCCGAGGAGACGGUGCGGCUGGUGCUGUCCAAGCUGGGCCCCGACACGCUCAUCAACGACAUACUGGGCGAGCUGGUCAAACUGGGGAGCCGGUCGGAGGCGGAGCCAGCCCCCGGGACGGCGGCGGCGGCGGCGGCCUCCGCCUGCUCCUCGCUCUCCUCCUCGUCGUCGUCCUACGCCUGCUCUGAUUCGCUGGAGGGCGGGAGGGCGGAGUCCCCCGGUCUGUCGGAGGGCCUGGGUGACCAUGACAACCUGAGGCCCGUGGUGGUGGACGGGAGCAACGUGGCCAUGAGCCACGGCAACAAGGAAGUGUUCUCCUGCCGUGGCAUCCAGCUGGCGGUGGAUUGGUUCCUGGAGCGCGGCCACCACGACGUCACGGUGUUCGUACCGGCGUGGAGGAAGGAGCAGUCCCGCCCCGACGCCCCCAUCACAGACCAGGACAUCCUGCGGCGGCUGGAGAAGGAGAAGAUCCUGGUGUUCACGCCGUCGCGUCGCGUGCAGGGCCGGCGCGUGGUCUGCUACGACGACCGCUUCAUCGUCAAGCUGGCGUACGAGUCGGACGGCGUCAUCGUCUCCAACGACAACUACCGCGACCUGGCCAACGAGAAGCCCGAGUGGAAGAAGUUCAUCGACGAGCGUCUGCUCAUGUACUCCUUCGUCAACGACAAGUUCAUGCCUCCAGACGACCCUUUGGGUCGCCACGGGCCGAGCCUGGACAACUUCCUGAGGACCAGACCCAUCAUGCCCGAGCAGAAGAAACAGCCCUGCCCCUACGGUAAGAAGUGCACGUACGGCCACAAGUGUAAGUACUACCACCCGGAGCGCAGCGCCCAGCCGCAGCGCGCCGUGGCCGACGAACUCCGGGCCAGCGCCAAGACCUGCGCCCUGCCCGCCCGGGGCGGCCCGCCCGGAGACGCCGGCCUGGUCAAGAGCCACAGCGUGCCGGCGGGGGUCCUGGAGGCCAAGAAGGGGGCCCCCAAGAGGCAGUCGGACCCCAGCGUGCGCGCCUUCUCCUACAGCGACGCCGAGGAGCGCCUGCUGCUCGCCAAGGGCCGCGUCGAGGCCGGGAGGGGUGGGGGCGGGGUCGGCCGGGCCCUCGCCAUGUCGCCGGCCCCCGGGGGCCCCCCGCCGCAGGAGCCGGCGUCCCGGGCCCCCACCCCUCACGGCUGCCCGGGCCCCUGCGCCGAGCUGUACCCCCACUGCGAGUCCCCGGACCUCAGCUACUACUCGGUGACGCGCUCCUACGCCGGCCUGGCGCUCUCGUCCCGCCGCAGCCCCGACUGCCGUUACCCCGGCGACCAGGAGCCGCGGCUGGGCUCGGCGGGCUCCGAGUGCGGCAGCGAGAGUGGCGUGAGCUGCGGCAGCAGCUGCGACUCGGCGUACGGCGAGCGCGCCUGCCCCGCCUCCUUCGCCCCCGAGGCAGCCCCGCCCCCGGAGGAGGCGGGGCUGCUCUACGGCGGCGGCGGCCACCGGCUGUACUCGUGCCCGCCGCACCACCACGGCGGCGGCCACGAGUACGCCCCGCCGCACCACGGCGGCCACGGCCACGGCUACCACCUGGGCCGCGGGCCGGGCUGCGGGCACGAGCAGCAGGCCCCGCCCCCGACGGCGCCGCAGGACGGCCUGGCCCCGCCCCCCAAGCGGCCGCUGUACCCCCUGCCGCCCCACCUGCAGCACCAGCCGCUGACGGCCCGCUCCAGUUGCCCCGGCGACUACCACACCCUCCCCCAGAGUAGCCCCCACGCCCCGGGCUCGCCGCUGGGCCGUUGCCUAGCGCCCACGCGCGCCGAGAGCGCCUCGGACUCGCGGCUCUACGAGCACCUCUCGGCCGCCGCCCACCAGCACCAUCACCCCCACCCCCACCACCACCACCCCCCGCCUCCGCUGCCACCCCCGCCCCGGCAGAAGCCCCCGUCAGGCUGGGAGUCGUACUACAGGCACGCCGCCUCGCUCCCGCCGCCGCUGCCGCCCGCCUCGCGCUACGAGCCCUCGGCCUAUCAGAGCCUCCCGGACACGCGGCAGUCGUCGUGGCACGCCGCCCCCCCUUGGGGACAGGACGGCUACGGCCAGCAGCAGCAGCACCACCACCACCACCAGCACCACCACCACUCCCACCCGGGCCUGCACUCCUCCUCGCCCCCCCACUACUUGAACCCCCUGCCUCCGCCCUCGCCCUCCCACUCCCCCCGCCUCUCCGGCUUGGCCCCGCCCCUCUACCCCCCGCCCCCGCCGUCGUCGUCCUCCUCCUCCUCCUCGCCCGCGCCCUCCCCCUACGCCCCCGCCCACGGGGGGCCGGACUCGCCGGCGCACGGCGGUCGCCACGACGAUGCCCGGGAGAAGGCCUACUUCAACCUGUGCAACAUCUUCCCGCCGGAGCUGGUGCGGCGCGCCAUGGGCCGCCACCCCCACGUCAGCGACCCCCAACAGCUGGCGGCCGCCAUCUUGGCCGAGAAGGCCCAGACGGGCUACUGAAGGACGUGUGCGUCUCGUUGCCGUGGCGAAGAGCCUUCCCUCGUUUGGGUUAUCGCCCCCGGGGGGGGGGGAAGGAAGGGUCGUUCCGACAACUGGAGGGUUUCGGUACGGAGCUCUAGCGUCGGAAGAAUUAUUUUUGUAUUCGGUUUUGUUUUCUUUUUUCGGGAUGAUUUAUGAGUUAAUGAUACUUGUCGUACAAGUAUCUGCGUGUCGGGAAGGAGAAAAAAAAAGUGGGGGAUUUUUCGCCACAAAUGUGUUGUUGAUUUUUUGGGUUGAUUUGUUCUUUUUCAAUUGAACCGUCUGUAAAAAACGGCAAUGCACGAAACACUUCCGAUAUUAGCUCAGAGAGCUAGUAUUGUGUUGAUUCAUUGUUUGAGACUGGUUUUGUUUAAAGGUUAAUUUUUUGUUGUUGUUUUGAACUUUUACUUGAUUCUGCAACAAAAUCUUCAUUAUUUUAAAUCAAUUCGUUUUUUCUCUGCCGCAUAAGUCGAGAACUACACUGAUUGUUAACGCCGUGUUUCGGAUCACACACGCAAGCACCGCCCACCCUGGAGGUUAAACCGGUUAAAACAAACUCCUCCGUUCUCUGGGUGUGCCCCUGGAUGACGGCCCUUUUCCCAUCAGGGAGUUUGUAAUCGUAAAAUCAUGCGUCGUGCCGUUCGUUAAAAAUCUAGAACGAGAUUCCCGUCUUGUGCGUGACUGUCUAGCCCCUGACCGCCCUUGUCCGUGAUUAGCAGGUGUCUGGUUCGAAUUUCAGGACUCGGGAGACGUUCGUUCUCCGGUCUCCGUCGUGAAGAGUCAGAGAUGGGUGGCACCACGUCCUGUGUACCUUAGUUUUAGUAAGGGACAUCUCUCCCCAUAUACCCCCCUCAUCCACCCCCAUCUCUCUCCGUCUGCGGGGCCCUUUGAGUAUCGGGUCUGAGCUCGUUGCUCUUGUGGACCGUGAUGUGUAUUUCAGGGUCCGUGGACGCCCAUGUACCUACUGUAAAUAGAAGACGUUAAUAUAUUGAACGGCGCGGCCAGGCGUCUUCUCUUGUCCGUCAGUGUCUUCGAGGUCCCGGGUCGCGGCUCCCGGAAGAAUCCACGCUUUAAAACCCCGCAGCGAAAUGAAGGAAGUAGGGGGGAACCAAAAUCCACUUUGUUUUUGAUACAACUUGUAUCGUAGCGCCGUUGGCGGACAGACUGUUUGCGCGCGCGUCGUUCGUGGGUCGCUGACUGUCGGCGCCUUGCUGCUCUCCGAUCGAGGAGGUCCGCUCUUUAAGCGUGUGGAAGCUGCUGCUGAUGAUGCGUGAUGUUAAAUGAUACGAGGAGGUUGACUACCUGCUAUGUCUGGGUACUGCGGCCUCGUUCUCUGGCUUUGGCUUUGAGAAAGAAAAAAAAUAUCCUAAGCGUAUUUUAACACAAUCACCUCUGAUCUCUCCCCCCCCCUCCCCGCGAAACAUCAGUAUUUCUACUUCCUUCACAUGGUAUUCGAAUCAUUUCAAAUUAAAAGUUCCUCUAAAAUAUGGUAGCCAUUCCUAGUAUUUAUAUGAGGUUAACUUGGAAUUAUUUGGAAAUAUGAGAACAAGUUACACCAUGUGGAGUCACAUUUAGAAACACAUUGGCCAUGAAUUAAUGGACGGCUGUAAAACUAUUUUACUCAAUGAUACGAGUCACUCCCACUUUUAAAGAAUGAAUAUCGUGAUGGAUGACAAUGUUGGAAUCAGUUGAUAAACCUAAUCAGUAGAUUCACUAAAUGCUUGGAUUAGUCGCAAAAGGCCAUCAAACCGACCCUGCCCCGAGGGUUUAACAGUCCGGGUCUCGCCCCCGCCCCAAAGCAAAACCACAGGGAUUUCAACCUGCUACCUCACGGCUCAGGACCUCAAUCCCACCCCCGCCCCCCACCCCCACCCAUGCCAGAUUAUACAAAGUGUGUAAGAUAAUUGAAGCGAGGGAAACCGGGGGAUCUUUUUAGUGUACUGAAGAAGCGCCUUCUCUCUGGGACCCCUGACACCGUGUGUCAGCGCGGGAGCAGAGAGAGGGCCCCAAGUAAUGCCUGUUUGACGGCAUUGUGCUUAUGACACAUCCGAUACUCUGAACUAUGUUCAGCCAACUCUUAUGCAUGUUUUCACCUGUUUUGGUUCAUUUUUCUCUGCAUGUUAAGUUUAUUUUUUUUCUUCUGUUAGGUAACUUGACAAAUUAGACGCGUGUGAGCUUGUCACCUGUCCUCCUCGCACUCCUUGUCACGAUAGGUGUGUGCCCUCGUUAAGGACAGGUGUGUGCCCUCGUUAAGGACAGUUGUGUGCCCUCGUUAAGGGAAGGUGUGCUACUGUUAGGACAGGUGUGUGCCCUCGUUAAGGGAAGGUGUGCUACUGUUAGGACAGGUGUGCUCCUGUUAGGGCAGGUAUGCUCUCCUUGAGUACAGGCGUGGCCUCGUUAAGGACAGGUGCGUGCCCUCGUUAAGGACAGGUGCGUGCCCUCGUUAAGGACAGGUGUGUGCCCUCGUUAAGGACAGGUGUGCUACUGUUAGGGCAGGUAUGCUCUCCUUGAGUACAGGCGUGGCCUCGUUAAGGACAGGUGCGUGCCCUCGUUAAGGACAGGUGUGUGCCCUCGUUAAGGACAGGUGUGCUACUGUUAGGACAGGUGUGCUCCUGUUAGGGCAGGUGUGCUCUCCUUGAGGACAGGCGUGCUCUCAUUAAGGACAGGUGUGUGCCCUCGUUAGGCAAGUUGUGCACCUUGUUUCCCUCGUUAGGACCGAUGUACACCUUGUUACUGCAGGUGUGUGCCCUCGUUAGAACAGAUGCAUAAUCAUGAAAACAUGCAUAGUAAGUGUGUACUUUGCAUGUUGUCACUUCCUUUCAUUUCCGAAUGUUGUAUUUUGUUUUCCUUAUCUUGUAGUAUAUAACUUAACUUAUGUUGUGGGAAACUGAAUUAUUGAAGUUGCCUGGUUUUAAAUUGCAACAUUAAGCAACUUUUAAAGAUCUUGAUCUGGCAUCGACCAAGUUGGAUUGGGCCGAAACUCAUCGUCAGAUCAAUGUCUACAAAGUGACGGCACUUUCCUCAGAUGCCAAUUUAGCAAUCUGCUUUCACAUAGUUAAUUUAUUAGUUCCCUUAAGAAGCAUACGACCCCGGAGCAGAGCAUGUGGUCUUGGAAUGUUUAACACAGAGCUAACUAAUUCACCGACACGAUAAUCCAACCUAUAUUUAGUUAGAUGACACAACGCUUUACGGUCUAGGAAUACUUGUAGAAAAAAGUCAAAACAUCAAAAAAAUGGAUUUGUUUGUUGAAACGCUAUUUAUAGAGGUCCUUUAGAAAAGGCGUAACUAACCAACACUCUUCGUCAUUGUAACUAUUCUCUUCUGUGAUUGUUCAAUAAAGGGAAAUGUAUUGCAUUGUGUGGUCUAGUGUACUUUCCACUGUAUGGUUGAAACCUCACAACACAACUCUAAGAACUCUGGAAAACAAAUAAAAAUGUAUGGUCAAACAUAAACGUUAUAUUUAUACAUGUAUUGAUUCGUAAAGCAAUAGUUGCCAAGAUUGUGAUUUUUCAGGACCCUUGGUUGGUUUUCAACCUUAAAAUGGCGGCAAUCAAAAAAAAUACAGACCAUUCAAGUGUAGCAUAACAAAAUAACAAUGUUUUUAUUUUAUUGCAAAUUUAAAAAACAAACAAAACUUAAAAUGCACUAAUUUCUCGAAAACGCCUCUUUGAACAAUCCUGCCUCCGCUGGCCCAGAAGAGGCAGAUUGAACUUGCAGUUAAAGCGUUGAGAAAAGUGAGGUUAGAUGUGGAAAAAUACUAAAACGGUUUUGCUGUAAUUCCGCCAGAGGAAAUUACCAGAAAGAAAAAAUGUCAACUCCACAGCUCAUCUUAAACUUUGACUCCCUUGCAAAAACCUUAAAUCCUGCAAAUCCAUCGGUUUUAAAAAGAAAAAAAAUGAAAGAAAUAAAUUGUCUGCACGUCCAAAGUUGCGCUCCUAGUUAACCCUCAAAGAGGACUCGAGAGCUUGAGACAAUUCUAGAAUCGUCCAAAGUGGAAGGUUUUAAAACAAACGGAUGCCUCGGGCCUGAACAACUCUGAUUGGCUGACGGGAGUCAGAGCGAACGCAGCCGAUUCGCUUCUCGGUAGCCCUUGUGUGACUGUCAAACAUGCCGUAUGCAUGCGUGUGUUUGCGCCCUCGCUGUAGCAACUUUUGAAACUCGACGUCCCUGGGAGAUCUGAUAAAUAAACGUUAAAUUGACCAACACGCGUCAAGUUUUGAAUGCAACGUCUUUCGCCCC